AUGAGUGGGCCUACUCCAGAAAAGGCUCUGAUAGGAGUGCCCGACCGGUGGAUGCACUGUCCUAAAACUGGGAAGGUGGUGGAUGGUUUGUUUUUCCCUUUCAAAACACCUCUGUGCUCCCUCUAUGACGAUCAAAUCGAGAAACGAUUGCGCUUCCAUCCUGAGGACGUUUUCAAUCACCCUGCUGUCAAAGGAAAGAAAGUAGGGUUGUGGGUUGAUUUGACGAAAACAGACCGAUAUUAUUUUGUCAAAGAGGUAUGCUUUUCAUUUUAUUUUCUUUUUCAUUCUUAUCAUUUUUCUUAACU